AUGGAAUUCCAUUUGUUUGGUGGGUUGGUCAUGCCAACGAAAAGCAUCCUUACUGGGGAGGCUCCAUUCCAGGAAUCCAACAAUGUGCUUGUGGUCUAGAAGAAAGCUGUGUGGAUCUGAGAUACUUUUGUAACUGUGAUGCAGACAGAGAAGAAUGGACCAAUGACACCGGCUUCCUUUCCUUUAAAGAACAUUUACCUGUGAACCAGAUAGUCAUCACUGAUACGAACAGACCUAAUUCUGAAGCUGCCUGGAGAAUUGGUCCUCUUCGUUGCUAUGGAGAUAGACAGUUUUGGAAUGCAGCUUCUUUCAGCACCGAAGCUUCAUACCUUCUCUUCCCCACUUUCCAUUCCGAGUUCACUGCAGACAUUUCUUUCUUCUUCAAAACAACCAAGAUGUCUGGAGUUUUUUUGGAAAAUUUGGGAAUGAAAGAUUUCAUCAGAGUUGAAAUAAGCUCUCCUAAAGCCAUCACUUUCACAGUUGAUGUUGGAAAUGGCCCAGUAGAGAUUAUUGUCCAAUCCCCUGUGCCCUUGAAUGACAACCAGUGGCAUUCUGUGCAUGCUGAAAGGAAUCUUAGAGAAACCUCUCUUCAGGUAGACAACUUUCCAAAGAAGAUUUUAGAAGCACCUGCUGAAGGACAUUUUCGAUUGCAGCUAAACAGUCAAUUAUUUGUAGGAGCAUCUGCAUCCAAACAGAAAGGUUUUAUGGGAUGUAUUCGCUCUCUACAUCUAAAUGGACAAAAACUUGACCUUGAAGAGCGAGCCAAAGUGACUCCUGGUGUCAAACCAGGAUGCUCAGGCCAUUGCAGCAGUUAUGGUAACCUUUGCCAGAAUGGAGGGAAAUGUGUGGAGAAACCCAAUGGCUACUUGUGUGAUUGCACCAAUUUGGCAUAUGAAGGACCAUUCUGCAGAGAAGAAGUCUCUGCAGUGUUUGAAGCAGAUACUUCUAUUACCUACACUUUCCAGGAACCUUAUCCUGUAACUAAAAAUGCAAGUUCUACAUCUUCAGCCAUUUAUGCUGGUACAUCCAUAUCCAAGGAAGACAUCGCUUUUACUUUCUUGACAGCAAAUGCUCCAAGCCUUCUGCUUUACCUCAAUGCCUCUUCUCAUGAAUACCUGGCUGUUAUUUUGUCCAAGAAUGGAAGCUUGCAAGUCCGAUACAGACUGAGUAAAGACAAAUCUCUUAUUUUCACAAUUGAUUCUGGAAACUUUGCUAACAGAGAACUACACAGCGUGAAGAUAAAUAGAAAUGGAAGAGAGCUGACUAUUCAGAUUGACCAGGUUCUCAAAGUCAAACACAACUUUUCCUCCGAGGGUGAAUUCAGAGCCAUCAAAUCACUGACCUUAGGGAAAGUGACUGAUAGUCAGGGCCUGGAUCUGGAAAUCUCCAAGGCAAACUCCUUUGGAUUCACUGGAUGCAUGUCAUCUGUGCAGUAUAACCAUAUUGCUCCAUUGAAAGCUGCCUUAAGACAUCCCAACCUAGCACCAGUGACAGUCCUGGGUUCGUUGUCUGAAUCAAACUGCAGGUCAUUGGUUGAAGUAGAUGCAAAUACAGCAACCUCAAUCUACUCUUCCUCAGAUCCAUUUGGGAAGGCUGAUGAUAAAGAACCACUCAGCAAUGCUGUCAGAAGCGAUUCAGCCUUCAUUGGAGGUAUUAUUGCAGUUGUGAUCUUCAUCAUCUUUUGCAUUGUGGCCAUUAUGAGCAGAGUCCUUUAUCGGCACAAACAGACUCAUCGGAACAGCCAGACAAAGGAAAAAGAGUAUCCAGAACACCUUGACCGUUCUUUUAAGACUGAGGUUGACUUACAGAACCCAGUGAGCGAGUGCAAACGAGAAUACUUUAUCUAAAAGACUCUCUCAUUCCUUGUUACACUUUGGCAUUUCCAUGAUGAUGAUGAUGGUAGUGAUGGUGGUGAUGGUGUUUUUAAUCCAUCUGUUACUUUGGAAUUUCCCCACUCUUUGGAAAGAACUAAUAGACACAGAAGAAAUAGGCAGAACUGCACUGUUCUCCAUCCAAGGUCAUCAUAGAUAACACCUAACUGCUCAAGCAACCAUGUAUUCUAACUAAGUUCAUCAUUACAUGCAUGGUUGACUAUUUAGUUUCUGGAUUUCUGAGAUGUUGCUUUCUGGACCAUUUCAUGUUGGACCUGAGUGAUAUAUACUAGAGGUAAAGUGUGCAAGCUAAUUAUGUAGCAUUACAGCUAUUGCAACAAGGUAGUGUGAAAGAAUAAGAUCAUAUUAUCUCGCUAAAAAUGUAUUUAAGAUGAGCCAAAUCCUUUGUCCUGUAAAUUGGCAUAAUUCUGUUUCGUGUCUGUGGUGCUCUGCUUAACUUGUAAACUAAGGAUCUGGAACAGCCUUUUUCAUUUAUGUUCCAUCUGAUCACUUCUUUUCCUUCAAACUGAAACAUUUGUCCAACACAAGGUUAGAGUUUGCAAGAUCAUAUUACUUUCUGAAUGGGAUGACUGGAGAGAGCUGAGACCACUUGGAUAAAUCUAUCAAGUGUUUGUCCUCCUUGCAUAACCCUUUAGAUUCUGAGUCAGUUUGGUUCAAGAAUCACCUGGCACUCAAGGUGGGCUUGUGAAACUCUGAGAAAUAGCUUGGUUUUCUAAGAGGCAUCACUCAAUCACUCAUGUCCUCCAGGAUAGAAGUUUACAAGUCUGCAGUAGAGUUGGUCUAAAGAUGAGAAGACUAGAAACAGUUCCAUUGGGCUUGAGCACGAGCGAUGCCUUUGGUAUUCCAAAAUGAUUUGUAAGUGCUCUUCAUCUGAGGGCUACCUGGUUCUUGUCCUUUGAAGGGAUGCUUUGUGACUAGGCCAGAGGACCCCUGUGAAGAAGGCCAAAGAGGUGUGAGAUGUGUCAUGUGCUCAGGAUUUCAGCAAAUCCAGAGAGGCUCAAGUCUGCCCAAUGAAUUCUUAACCUAUCUUUUGGCCUCUGAGCAUCAACUUUCCCUUUGGUUUCUUGGAUAAUGGCACUUUCCUCCAUGUUGGUCCUCUCUUGGGCAAAAUCUUCCAAAGGGCCUUGAAAGGAGACUUAGGGCAGUGCUUCUUUGUACCACCUUCAAUGUAGAUGUGAGUCAGGGGUUAUGCAACCUGUCUGCAGGCCCUUCAUGAAGCUACAUUUAAAUAGGGCCUAAGGGACUUCAGGGACACAAAAGACUAGUCCCUAUGUCAUUUGUAGCUAAAAUCACUCUCCCUCCCUUCCCCGAAAUGCACGUGUAAAUGUUCACCUUUUUUUUUCUUUCCCUAUUAAUUUUGAUCUGGAACUUUUUGAUUUGAAAAGUGUCCUCCUUCCCUCCCUUUUAUUUUUAAUGUAGCAUCUGGAAUGGAGAGAAUUUUUCAAAUAAGGUAUUUGGUCUAGGGAAACAGUUCCGCCACAUUUCUGCUGAUGUUUGUAGCUGAGUAAAAUCAACAUUUUUUCCCCAGAAGUGACAUUUCCUAUGAUAGAAACAACCCAAAAAAUUGAAAAGGGGGAAGGGUGGCUUUGUGACAUUUGUACCAACCUGGCAAUUUUUACAUUUCAACAGAAUGAUUAAUAUGAAUAAUAAACACACAGAGAGAGGGAGACAGAGAGAGAAUUCCCAUAUUUUGUUGUAGCAGUUUCGAUUAAGUCAGUCUACUUUCAGCAAUGAUUGUGGCAGAGAUUCUGGUUUGUGCAGGCUAUGGAUUUCCUGUCCCAAUUUGAAUCCUUUGUUAUAAUGUCUCUAUUAUAAUGUCUAUUAUAAACCACCCAUUGAAAAAGGAAAAAUAAUGCACACACACAAAGAGAGAUAUCCAUUAAAAUUUUUCCAGCAACAUUCUCCACUUUUAUGAAAGAAAACAUAGUCCUAUGGAAAAGAGGAUCCCUUCCUCCCCCUCCCCCCACACAUUAUAGGGAAAAAACAUUCUAUCAAAACUCCAUCUCAUAAAAUUAGAUGCAAUCAAUAAUCUUUAUUGUAUCAUGAAGUAAUAACUGAGGCAGAGGUAUUAGCUCCUUCAAUUCACAGGCACUUUAGCAGCUUCUUAGGUAUUAGGACAUUGUGUCAUCUCUCACAUGAAUAAAUGGCCUAGUGAUGUUGCUAAUUUGAAUGCAAAACAUUAAAACUGGUGGCACCAAGCACUAUAUAAAUAUAAAGAAACCCCCCACAGUUUAAAUGCCUAGGCUUCCCUGCAAAUAUCCUAUGGAAAAAAAAUGUGAAUUUCCCAAAGAAUACAUUUUUAUCAAAACCAUCCUGUCUCUUUUAAUAAUGUGUAACUUAAUUCCCAAGAUGAGAUCCAUACAUUUUAAAAUUGCCAAGGUUGAGAAAUACUAUUCUAGAUAACUAUCUAGAUUGGUUUUUGGUUCAUAUUUAUAUCCAUUUAAUUUUGAAUAUUCGAUGGAGAACUGACUGACUGACUGACUUUAUAUAAAGUUUUAUGCCUCCCUUCUCCUCUACAAGGUGACUCUGACUGAUGCCAGAGAUUUGUUAUUCUUUUUCAGCCAAGAAUCACCUUUGGCCUGAGAAUGAAUUGAUCCGGGAUAAAUAUUAACUUCGGUUUAAUUAUACUAUCAGUUUCGAGUACGAUUCUUUACAGUAUAUUUGCUGGUAUAUUAGAAAUUACAGUUGGACCCUAAAUUUGGAGGACUUGAAGGAUCUUUCUUGGAGACUCUGGAAAGCCACAUCAACCCUGGGUUUUCAGAUUGGACAUCCCCAAUGUAAGAUGAGAAUGCAAUCAGACUUUAUAUGUUGUAUUUUAUGUGUCUGUGUGCUGAUUCGUCUAGUUUGGCAAAGAAACACAUGUUUAUUCCUGAUAUCCCAUAUAGUCCUCAGUCCCUCUCAUCUGUGCAAUACUUGCAUCAGUAUAGUACAGGACUUUGUACAAAAAUAUCAAGUUUUGUUUCAUUUAGUUCUGUUUUUUCCCCUCUUUGUUUGCUUCCCACCCCCACCCAAGACAGAUGAUGAAGCAGAAACUAUGCUUUCAGGUCAAAUUUGUUUGUUUGUUUGUUUGUUUGUUUGUUUGUUUGUUUGUUUGUUUUGAUACUAUAGCUGCCCAUCUCAGCAAACAACUCUGGGGAUCUCACAAUUCAGAAAAUAAUUGAUAAUAAUUCUUUCCUCAAAAUACAGGACUUCUGUUAUUUAGUGAAAUUGAGUGAUAAUAAUAGCAAAAAUGUCAUAGAUGAUUCUUUGGCCAUUCUCAAUCAUUCUUAGUAAUCAAAAUUGCUUCUGCUUUUAUUCUUGCUUUUUAGUUUUGAAGCGUAAUUUGUUUUGGUGAAAGAAUCUGUUUUCUUCAAUAGAAAUUACACUUCCCUGAGUUCCAUUAGAUGAUUCUUCUGUUGGGCUCAUUAAAUUUAUAAAAUGCAAGCAUCCAGGGAGACUGCAGUACAAUGGGGAAAAUAUGUGAUAGAAGGGAAGACAAAAGGGAAAAAGUGCCUUCAGCUACCUCCCAUGUUAAGUGACCUUAGCUCAUGGUAGGAAGAGACAAUUGUAUUUUAAUCAGUUGCAAAUGAGGUAUGUUGUGAGUCAAAGCGUAGAAAAAUCAUGACUAAUAUAAUGCAGUACAUUGGUACACUGUAUCCAGAGGUGGUAUUCAGCCGGUUCUCUCCAGUUUGGGUGAACCGAUAUCAGUGGCUGUGGGAGGUUCUGCCUACCCACCCUGAUGUAAUGCGUGAGGACUGCACAUGUGCAGAAGGUGGUGCAUAUGUGCAGAUGAGGCGAGAGAGAGUGCGAGAGAGAGUGCAUGUGUGCUCGCAUUGGCAAACUGAUAGGGAAGGUAAAUGAAUCCCACCUGCUUUUUUUGGAUGAAGAUCUAGUAUAGAAGUGGGAUUUAAAACAUUUCCCAUCCUAUCUUGACAUGUGAUCCAGGAAGAUAUGAAGAAUCCCUUCUCUGAAGACAGAUAUAUAAUCCUUGAGUUUGUUGUCUUGUGAGUGAAAUUACUCACUGUUAUUACUGAAUCCCUCUACCUAGAAAGAGGAUCUCUCAUCCAGCUCUCAACUGCAGUUUGAUGCUUUAGGAUGAAGAGAUCUUUCUCUUUCUAGAUUGUUGUUUCAUUUUGGGUGAUGUUAGCAGCAUUUCAACCUGUAAUUUACCAUCCUUACUUGAGUAAUCCAAUCAAACAAUCCUCACCUGAAUAACCUGUCUGAAUACUGCCUCCUUUUUUAUUGCCUUUAAAAUUGAAUUCUCCUUCUCGCUUAAUUCCACUGAUAGGAACCUAGACCAAAGAUGAGCAAUUAAUUUUCCCAAGGGGCCACAUGAGACACUGGGACUGGGCUGCCACAGAUCUGCCCUCUGCUAUGGCCACACCAUUAUCAUGGCCCUUGCCCCCUGCUGCCAUGAUCCCACCCCCACUACCAAUACUGCAGGCUGCACAGGGACAGCCAAAAGGUCAAAUAUGGUGAUACGCAGGUCUGCUCUAGACUACCUGUGCAGAACCUGUGGCUCCCAGGUAUUGCUAAAUUGUAAUUAACUGUGGCUAAGAGUUAUAACUUAUGUCCAACAGUCAAAUGAUUGAUAUUAGACUCUGGAUCCAAUAUACUGAAAAGCAUACCUUCCCUUUUUAAUUUCCUAGGUUUGUACAAUUUACUAUUUUUUACUAUUCUGUUGGAUUAGAAGACUGAUUCCUAUGUUACACUUCUAUGGAAUUUGAUGCAAUGGCUUCAUCACUCAGUUAGCUAAACUUCUUUUGCUCAAUCAGUCUCUGGAAAUGGUCAGUCAGGCUGCUUUUCAUCCUGCAAUCCUCCCCUGUAGAAUUCCUUCACAAACCUUCUCUUAUGCUUGUUUGCUCCCCUGUUAGCUAGUUUUGUUCAUAUGCUCCCAUCUGUUUCUCCUCUUUCCAAAAAAGUGCUGACAGGGUCUGCAUAAAGUUAAUGGCAAUUUUCGGGAAAGAGGGUGAAAAACAGUAGAGGGAAGAUAUGUUUGCAAAUCAUUGUUUCCUGUAGACGCAGGGGUGUCAAACUGGCAGCCCACAGGCCGGAUGGGUCAUGCACAGGUCGCGCCCACCCCAGUUCCAUGAAGGGAAAAACAUCACGAAACAUCACAUGAUGCCAUGAGUUUAACACUCAUGUUCCGGAGGAUAUGUAUAUAAGAUGCUUUCUACCCAAAGAUUAACUGUCUUCAACCACUUCUGUGUAUACAAUUCACUGAAUUAUACUAUGUCAUGUGACCCUCAGCAAACACCAGAUCUUGUCCUUCCAUUUGCUUGAUUUUUAGAUAACUAGGAGCUUUCCUAAUGUAAUAUGUGGCUAUGGUGAUACUUAGUAGAGGUAUUUCUAUGUUUCCAACUCCUCCUGCCCAUACAUAUAAAUAAAUAGCAUUUCUUCCGGUUAUUUUCUGAAUUAUGGCUAAUGGCAGGGGUGGAGUGAGAUAAGGGCAGAAGAAAAAGGGAGAUGCCCAAAGAAUUCCAAGAAUUAAUUAGUUCUUUUUCUUUUUUAAGGACCCCACAUUUUUCGUCAUUAUUUUGACAGUUCUUUGGUCAGAUCAUUUUAUUUUAUAUGAUUUCACUAACAGGGAAGCAUUCAUUCGUGGCUCAUUUAAUUGCGUUCUGAAAAGAGGAAGGAGAAAGAAGUGGAAUUCACAUUUUUAUUCCAAUAACUUUUUCUCCUAUAAAUUAUUGUGCCAUAUUUUCCCCUUAUUCAACACAGCUGUUAUAAAUCACCCAUUUGCUCUGCUGAACAUUCUUUUCUUCCCUUGAUAGAAAAGUCUAUUGAAAAUGUACCAAAUUUAGCCCCAAGCUGAAUCUCUAAUGAGAUCAAAAGAGAAGUUCAAGACAAUAAAACAGAGCUGGAUUCUGAAUCCAUUUAUAUGCACACAAGCAGAAGCGCACAUGCAUAUAUAUUACACAAGUAGAUAGACAUAUACAUAUAGAACAAACACGCAACUCACACACUUAUAUUCAUAUACAUUCUAUCUUACUUCAUUGGUCAUACGGAGUUUAUCUUAAAAAGAAACCUCUAGUUUCUAGCUCAGAAGUGUUUCAAGUUUUCUUCUGCAGAAAUUGGUGUACUGUCUUAAGUCUAGGAAGCUGUUUGUUUAUAUCCUGCUUUUAUUAUUUUUAUAAAAAUCUCAAGGCAGUGAAUACAUAUAGCAGGCUCUGCAAUGUUCAUUAUACAUUUGGGGGUGCACUACAAUAAUUGUAAUGCAUGAUUAAAACACUGGGGACAGUGUUGGCCCCUGUAAUACAGCCACAUUGAAGGAGAAUUUACGAGGGCCAAAAAAGCUUUCAAGUACUUUUUUCAUCCAAACUUUGAAAUCUUAAGUGACUUACCUUUCUGCACACACAAAUCUAACUCAAUCCUCCUUUCAGCUUUUAAGGAAGAGAGAGACUUUGUACUCACCAAUUUAGAGAUUCCAUUAAACCUUAUUGGGCUUGCUGUCCUACUUUCUUAUCUUAAUUUGUUAACUACACAAUGUUGCAUUGUGUGCUGUUAAUUGGAGGCUUUCUUGCAUAGGAAAGACACUAUGUGUCCUACAUAAUACACUGUGCAUUAAAUAGAAGCACUUGGAUUUUAAGUUUAAUUAGACCCAUUGAAAUCAAUAGAAUGAAAUUGGAAUAAAUCUUAAGACCUUGAAUUUCAUUCCCAUCUCAUUAAAAGGCAUUAUAUUACUUGCUUUCUGGCUUUUAUGUAUCAUCUUGGCACUUACUAAGCUUACACAAGCAAUCUAAAGGAUUUAGAUAGCUAAUAUGAAAUAUAUCGCAUCAGGAAGAAUUUGAUUGCUAAUGUCACCAAAAGACUGAAAUCUGCCUUAGGCCUUUGCAGCUCUUAAUAAUAAUUUACUCCAUUUGAAGCAUAAUGGGUUUAUUUGCAAUUUUUCCCAAAAAACCCCAACAAAUUAGAUUUUAAUGGAAAAGAGAACAAUAUUAUUUAAUACAAUUUAUUGUUCUAUCCAAUCAAGUUGAAAUAUUAGCUACAAUUAUAUAGAUGGAUUUUUCUGAUUUUCUAUUUUUUAAUUCUUUUUAAAGACAUAAGACUUAAAAAAGGAAGAAUGUCCCCAAAUAAGUUUCCACUUAAAACAAACACGCUGAUGCAUAAAAGGCUUUUUCCAAUUGUCCUCCCUCUUUUGAAUCCAAUUUACUUCAGCUAACAAAAGAGCCCUGAAAGAGUCCUUCCAUCUGUAGAAGGAUAUUGUUGGAUCCAACAAUUUAUUUCAGUACACAAACACAUUAAUAUAAGGAACAAUAAUCCUAAUUCUAAGGGGGACGUGUGGCAGCAAAAAUGUUUUAUUUGAGUCAUAGCAUUUAUCCAAGUCCCAUUUUAUUAUUGGCUUGGUUUCCAUUGCCAUUCCAGAUGAGUUCUUGAAUGCAUCAUUUUAUAACUUUUCACUAUUUUAUUAAUGCGAUAAUAAAUGCAACUGCAGUUUGUAUUUCUAAGAUGAUUUUUCAACUUGGGACUAAUAUUUUUUGGUUGUUGUUUGACUUCACAUUCUUGAGUAUAAAAAUAAUUUGCUAAAAUAAAAUACUGAGAUACACCCAGGAAGGAGCAGAUUAAAUUUAUAAUUUAAGAGAGUCCCAUAAAGCCUCCCUCCAAUUGAUACCAAUCCUUUGAAGAGAACAAAGUUUACAACAUUCAGGAAAUGCUAGAUAGGUAGGAUCGUAGACAUUUGGGCUUUUUAUAUUUAAACACACUGAAUUAAUCUGGAAGUCUUUAGGGACCAGUGAAGCUUUGCUGGAGCUGGUGACACAUGCUACCACUGGGAAAUUCCCAACAAAAACAGGCUGGUGAAUUUUGGACAUCCUGCAAUUUCCAAAUCUCUUUCAAUGAUAUCCCCAUUUAGUAGACAAUACUGUAGUCUUCAAUGCUUAUUCAGAAACAAGAACUGUGAUCAAAAAUAGUUUCUCAUACUUAAGACUAUUGAAGUCAAUGGACUCAUGAUGGAUUAUUGAUGGAAUAGUGGUUCAGAUGCUAAUUCAAAUAGUUUCUGAUUCAAGUUAUUUUUCUCUACUCUUUUGUUUUUGCUGAUUUCUUUGUACUUUCUUUUUGUUGAUGUUCUUUGACAAUUGUUAAAUAUUUUAAAGAGAUCUCAUUAUGGGCUUCUACAAGUCAUAAUUUAUUAUAUGAAUUCUAAGAAAUACAUUGUUUGGUCACCUUCUUUGAUAGUUUAACUACAGAAAUGUCAGUUCACCAGGGAGCAUCAAGAAGCAAUCAAACACAUUAUGUGUUUUGUUGACUCUGCAAACCCUGUGUGGGCUCAUAGUUCUACAGAAUUGUGAUUUCUGGAGAAUGAUAUCUAUGCUCCAUUUUUUAAACUAAUAAACUUAAUGACAUACUAAGGGUAAAAUUCAAAAGAGAAAAAGCUAAAAGAAAUUUUCUAGAAAGUUAGUUACAAUAGUCAAUAGAGGGUGCACACAUUCAUGUCCAGAGAAGACAUUUCAAAAUAAUGAAGCUACCCAAAAUCUCCCCCCCCCAUCAGUUCUUAAAGAUCGCAUUUAAAUUAUCUAGCCUAAAUCUGGGCAUAUCCAUAAGAGGUGGAUCCAAAGACCUUUUGUCAUCAAUCAACUACUUUCAUGCCAGAAAAAUUAAAUAAACAUGUUCUCCAUGUCUGAGAAUUGGCCUUCACUAAUGUUCAUUAACACCUUAUAUAUUGAGUAAUUAUUUCAUAAAUAUAUAUUGAUGCAGAAAGUUGAGUGGAAUGUUAAUAUUAUUUAAUAGAAGUGAAAUGAAGAGAUGUUCAGUGCAGUAAAGGCGUACAUUUUACUAUCAGUUAAUUAACAGAACAUGAGAAAUCAAUUGUAUUUGGUAUGUGAAUCUAAACUGAGAUGCAGGAUGUACCGCAUGGGAAGCCACCAGUUUCGCUUGAGACACCAGGCUUCAUCAACAUCUAGCCAUUUAGAGAAAAUGAACUGUCACUUCCUGUUUAAAUUCCAUUACUUUUUUAGCUCCUUUCCCCAAUUCUGUGACUUAUCAUCCAAAUAAAAUGGCAACAUUUAUUAUAAACCAGAACAGGACCACAAGGGCUGAAUAAUUUGCAUAUUUUUUAUUCAUUGUGAAGAAAGUGUUGACACUGGAUGAUUUCAAACUUUUGCUAAAUGUAUUUUUUUAUUAAAUAAUGUAGUAAAGUAGAAAACUAAAUCAAAGAGGAAAAAAACAUCAACAACAAAAAAUAACAAGUUGGAGAAUUGCUGUAACUUGAAUAUUAGCUGCUAGAUCUUUUGAACUGUUCUAAUUCUGAAAGGAAAAGAAAGCAAGGGUAUAUAUAUUGGAUUGCUGUUUCACCACAUGUUAGUUGGAUAAAGGGUUAUAUCAUGAAGUAAUAUGAUUAAAUUGUGAUCCUAUGAAUUCUUACAUGCUAAUGAAUCCUAGUGGAACCAAUUGCAUUUAAUGGACCAUUCUGGUGCCUUUCUGGAGAAACUCUAAGUUGUUAUUUAAUUUAGACUCAUAAUUUAGGACAUGAAAAAUGCAGUGGAUUCAGAAUGACACCUACCUUACUCCAACCACAACAAUAGAAGGCUAUUUUGUGGCAACUGUUGGGAACCAUGCAACUUGUACAAAGAAGAAAGCGUAACACAGGAGCCAAUAUUUCCUUGCACAUACACAUGUGCACACAAAAUGCAUUUGGAAUAAUAUUGUUGUGGCAAGAGUUAAAAGUUGAUGUCUGCCUUUUUUAAAAAGAAAAUAAAAGAUGCUAUCACUUUGUUUUAUUGAAGGAAUUGGUUGAAAUGCUCUUGGCAAUGCUUUCUUCCCCUGGAAAUAUCCCAGGUCUACAAUGACAAGUUAAUAUCCAUAAAUGUUUUGCCAGCAUUCACAUGUUUCUUUCUCCCUCUGAAGUAAUUCUUAUUGCUAUAUGUACUGACAGUAGAAUAUUUUUUGUGAAUUUUUCUUAUUUUGGGGUGGGGAAGAGGGGCAUUGAUUCUUUCUUUUUCUGGAUCGCAAUAUGGAAGGACAACAUGAAAAUACUUCUCUGUUGAGCUUACUAGAUAAGACCCAAAAUUGCAAUGCCUUCUUCUUCUCCUCCUCCUUCUUUUGCUUUUUUUA